AUGACGCAUGAUGACUGGAUGCCCCAAGUUGGGCCGCGGAAGUACUUCCUCGAACCCCUGCGCCCAAAGAUCACCAGCCACCAUAGAACCAUGGACGUUGCUGGCGGCCAAGAAGAAUCGGCGUUGGUCACGGCGGCAACGGAAAGACGCGGACGCCAAUGCACGGGGCCGCUGAGGGUCGAGAAAAACGUGGCAAGGGAGACUAAUGGACGAAGGAGAGGAAAGGGCAAUGCACCAGUUAGGGAAGUUCAACAUGUGGAACAGCAAGCGGGAAAACGCAAUUCUUCUGUCAUUGGGGUGUGUGCGAGACGAGGACUCUUAUCUAUACUGUUCAAGAAGCAAUGGAUGAGCUUUCUCGCUGUAGGUCAAGAAAGCGAAACCACACGCAUCAAGAAACGCAAGUCGUUAGUACUCAGUGACAGAGAUGAGGAGCGACAGAAGGUGGAUCUAGAAGGUGAAGGAGGGGGAAGGGGAAAACAGAGAGAAGGGAAGCGUAAGGAUUGGAAGGGUGUUGCAAGCUGGAAGUGGAAGGAAGGCUCGAGUGCCAUUCAUUUGGCCCGCCAAAGCGCAUUGACAGAGAUGGUUGACUAUCCUGAGACAGCUUGCUGA